GGAGGGAAGGAGGGAGGGCAGGGGAGGAGGAGGAGCCGAGGCGGCCGCGCAGGGACCGGCGGGACCCGCCACGGGAGAUUCUACCCGUCUCCCAAGGUCGGGGCUUGAACCCUGCCGGAUAAAGCCGGAGCCGCCCCCCUCUCUUCCCAGCCAUGCGAACUGCGGGAUGAAGCUGGAAGCUGUGGUGGAGCAGCUGCAGAAGCAGCAACAGCAGCAGCCGGCCGUGCAGAUGGAUCCGCGGGAGCGGCGGGAGCGGCAGCUGCGGGAGGCGCAGGUGCCGUUCCCGCAGCAGCUGGCGGUGCAGCGCGCCGUCCUGGCCGCGUCCAGCCGCGCUCCGCCGGCAUCGCCCGGCGCAUCCCUGGCCAGAGCCCCACCUCCGCUGGGAGCCGCCCGCGCUUUCGAUCAGAGCAGCAUGAAUUCCGAGCCCGACGAGGAGGAGGAAGAGGAGGAGGAGGAAGAAGAGGACGAUGACGAGGAGGAGGAGGAGGAGGAAGAAGGCGGUUUGGAAGGCGGCGAGCUGGAUGGCGCUGACGUGCCGGGGAAGGAAAGCUGCUCCGCUCUGAAGUAUUUUCGCGCUCCCAAAGUUGCCCAUCCCAACCAAAGAGUGGCCUCUACCUCUAAUCCUCUCCCAGCUCCGGGGCACCAGCGGGGGGGGCAGCAGGGCAAAGAAGAACAGGGUAAAGACACUACUAAGCAGCUGCAUUCCGGGUCCCCGGCGGGACGCCCGAACUGGCGCUUGGACGAGCAGCUCAAACAGAACGGCAGCGUGACCUGGAGUGAUGAUGGUGAUGGAUGCCGAGGAAGAGAAAUCUCACGAGACUUUGCCAAGCUCUAUGAACUGGAUAGUGAUCCUGAGCGGAAAGAGUUCCUGGAUGACCUCUUCAUUUUCAUGCAGAAGAGGGGAACUCCCAUCAAUCGGAUCCCCAUCAUGGCAAAGCAGAUCCUGGAUCUCUACAUGCUCUACAAGCUGGUGACCGAAAAGGGAGGGCUGGUGGAAAUCAUCAACAAGAAGAUCUGGCGGGAGAUCACCAAAGGCCUUAAUCUGCCCACCUCCAUCACCAGUGCCGCGUUCACCCUGCGGACACAGUACAUGAAGUACCUCUAUGCCUACGAGUGUGAGAAGAAGUCCCUGAGCUCGCCGGCGGAGCUCCAGGCUGCCAUCGAUGGGAACCGGCGGGAGGGCCGGCGGCCCAGCUACAGCUCCUCCUUGUUCAGCUACUCACCCACCACCACGGGGCCUCCCUCCCUCCUGUCUCCCCCCAAAAUCCGCUUCCCCAUCAUCGGCGUGGCACCAGGCAGCGGGACCAGCAACCCUCGGGUGUCUCCAGCAGCAGCGAUCAGAAAAGGUGAUGGAGUGCCCUUGACCGUGUCUAUGCCAAAUCGUAUUGCUGUGCCAGUGACCUUGAGCAGCCAGCAGGCAACUGUGGCAGCAAGAACAGCCACCCUGGAGCAGCUGAGGGAGAGGCUGGAGUCGGGAGAGCCUCCGGAGAAGAAGGUCUCGCGGACGAGCGAGGAGGAGCAGCGGCUUGUCCAGCAGGCUCUGCAGCGCAACCUGUUCAGCAUGGCACGGCAGAUCCCCAUGAAGAUCAAAAUCAACGGCAAGGAAGACAAGCCCGACUCGGCGGCAGCACUGAACUUGUCACCCAACGGCAUCGGGAGCAUUAACAUGUCGGUGGAGAUCAACGGCACCACUUACGCUGGAGUGCUCUUUGCCCAGAAACCCGUGGUCCACCUCCUCGCCGGCUCCAGCACCCACAGCUCCUGCAGCAGCAGCAGCAGCAGCUCCCACUGCUCUCCCAGCCCUACCUCAUCCCGAGGAACGCCCAGCGCGGAGCCCUCCACCAGCUGGUCUCUCUGAUGGGCGGCCCCAUUCCCUGUCUCACACUGGCCUCUGGCUCCCGGAGCGAGCCGGGAGGGAGUCGCACAGAUACCUCAUCUCAAGGAACCUGCUUUUGUGGUUGGCCAGCAGCAAGAUGAUGAUGAUGAUGAUGAUGA